AUGCGUAAGCACCAUGCCGUCUAGAAAAAGAUCGUCAUUGUUGGGGAUAGCUUCUGUGGUAAGACUAGUCUUCUGGCACACUUCACUCGAAACGAGUUUCGUCCUGACUACGUACCUACGGUGUUUGACACCGAGGUAGCUUCAGUACUUAUCGGCGACAAAGAAGUUCGUUUGAGCCUUUGGGACACAGCCGGUCAAGAAGCGUACGAACGACUUCGGCCGCUGUCAUACCCAGACACAGACGUCGUAAUCAUUGCAUAUUCGAUCGCGGAUCGCAACACGAUGCAAAAUGCUGCUGAAAAAUGGUACACUGAAAUUUGUCAUUAUCUUCCGCGUAUGCCGAUUCUACUAAUUGGCACAAAACCCGAUUUGCGGCCACCGUUCGAAGAGGUACAUCCCAAAGAUGACCCACUAUUUGUUGGAGAGGACGAAGGCAGGAAACUCGCAAGCUACAUCAAAGCGGACGAAUUUGUUGAAUGUGCAGCACUGGCCAACGUUGGUGUAACUGAGGUGUGUCAUCAAGCGGCCCUCCUAACAGCGCAGACUUGUAGAAGGAGCCCCCCAAAAAAAAACCAUGCGUUCCAUAGUCUAGUGGAGCAUCAAUAAUUUCACUAGUUUAUAUAGAACGCAGAAGAAUAUGGAAAAUUCGUAGAUCAGUGCGACGCGAUAUAGACAUGCUACAUGCUCUCUACGCAUUACGCAAACUCUGGUGAAAGCAAAGCUGUAUGCAAACGCCCUUAUGAUUUCUUAUGAAGUGCACCGGUCUACUCUAAUACGAACAAAGGCGCUAACGGUAAUCGAGUGAAUCGAAACGUAACGAAGUUACAUGCCCAUCUCAGGUUGAUCGGUGCAUUGUGCUCCUCAUAAUACCUGUACAUAGAUGCUACACUAUUUCAUAUGAUAAAAUAAUGCCUAGCUAGUUUAGGUUAUUUAUGAAGAUCAA